AUGCGCGCCACCGCGGCACCACCGUCGGCUCGCUCACAACAGGGCGCCCUGACGGGCAUCAAGGUCGUGGACCUCUCACGGGUUCUGGCGGGCCCCUUCUGCACUCAGAUCCUCGCCGAUUACGGCGCCGAGGUCACAAAGGUCGAGGCUGUUGGCAAAGGGGAUGACACACGGCACUGGAUGAUGCCCGGUGAGAAGACCGCUUGGGAUGAGUCCAGCGGUCCUAUUUCCAACUACUUCGCAGCCGUGAACCGAAACAAGCGUUCCAUCACCGUCAACUUCAAAAAGGCUGAGGGCCGGCAGCUUAUCCUCGAUCUGAUCAAGGAUGCCGACGUCGUGGUCGAGAACUUCAAGCCAGGCACCAUGGAGCGUCUGGGAUUGGGCUACGACGUGCUCAAGGAGCACAACCCGCGCAUCAUCUAUGCAGGCUUAUCAGGCUACGGCCGGACCGGCCCCUACUGCACCCGAGGGGGCUACGAUCCCAUCGCCGCCGCCGAGGCUGGUCUACUCCAUGUAACAGGCGAGAAGAACGGACCCCCUGUGCGCGCCGGCAUCGGCCUGGUCGACAUGUCGACGGGACUCUUCCUGCACGGCGCCAUCCUCUCAGCCCUCCUCGCCCGCGCGCGAGACGGCACAGGCCAGCGCGUCGACACCAGCCUGUUCGAGGUGCAGCUCAGCCUUUUGACCAACGUCGGCCUCGCCUGGCUCAACCUGGGCAUCGAGGCCGAGCGCUGGGGCUGCCAGCACCCGAGUAUCGCGCCCUACGACGCCUUCAAGACCAAGGACCGCUACCUCGUAUGCGGUGCCACCAACGACGCCCAGUACGCCGCGCUGUGCCGCCUCCUGGGCGUGGAGCACCUGGCCACCGAUCCUCGCUUCGUCACCAACCCCCAGCGCGUGCAGCAUCGCGACGAGCUUGCCGCUCUCCUGGGCCCCGUCUUCGCCUCCAAGACCAUCGACGAGUGGAUCGCGCUGUUCGAGCCCUCGGGCCUCCCCUUUGGCCCAAUCAAUAACAUGGAGGCCACCUUCGCCCACCCGCAGACGGCCGCGAGGGACAUGAUCGUUGACGUGCCUUUGGAUGCCGCUCGCGCCGGCUCUAUCAAGGUCAUCGGGCCCGCUGUCAAGUUUGGCGAUAGCAAGAUAGGCCUGCGGACGGGUCCGCCUCGCCUGGGCCAGCACACGGUCGAGAUCUUAGAGGAGAUGGGCAUGGACGCCGAGGCCAUUGCAAAGUACAAGGAGGAUGGCGUCGUCUAG